CGCAUCCGACACGCUUUCCGCUCGGAUCUGGAAGUGCCUCAGUGUGAAAAUGGCAGAAAGUAAGGAGGAAUCAAAGUUGGAUCUAAUCAGCAGAUGUAUCCGACCGUUCCCCGACUUCCCAAGUGAAGGGAUUCUCUUCAGAGAUAUUUGCCCUAUAAUGAAAAGUCCAGCAGCACUGACAGCAGUGAUCGAUCUGUUUGAACAACACGUCCUAGAGUGCCACCCGGUUGUUGAUCUGAUAGUUGGUAUUGAUGCUCGUGGGUUCCUCUUCGGUCCUCUUCUGGCACAGAGGUUAGGAGUAGGCUUUGUUAUGGUGAGGAAGAAAGGCAAGCUGCCAGGGCCUACUGUGUCUGUGGCGUACACGUUGGAGUAUGGCACGGCUGAGGCUGAAGUUCAGGAAGAUUCUGUGUCCCCUGGACAGAAAGUUAUUCUUAUUGAUGAUCUUUUGGCCACUGGAGGGACCCUGUUUGCUGCAUGCGAACUGAUGAAGAAGCUACGUGCCGAGGUCCUUGGAUGCUUGGUGGUGGUGUCACUCAAGGACUUGAGCGGUGCAGACAAACUGAAGCCACACACCGUUUUCCCACUUAUUCAGUAUUGACCCUCUCUAAGUUGUAUCACAACGUAACCAGGCUCCCCUACAUGCAUAGAACAACAUCCCCAUCCAGACCUAGAGCCGAACUGUUUGAAUUGUUACACCCUGCAGAAAAUCAACAACAUUUAAAAAGCUGACCAUGGACCUUUGACGCAUAGCACAGAAGAAGAGUAAUUUUGUCUAAAUUAAAAUCAGAAGAGUGAGGUUUUGUUAUAUUAAAGGACCCAAAUCAUUAAGAAAUUAGAAAUAAAUGUUUUUCUGAUUUUGCGGUACUCAGGAUAUGGCAGGAAUUUCCUGCUUCAACAGUUUGUUGUCAUCUGACCGCACAUUGCCUGAAGCGGGAGACAUUGCAACCACAACUUCCUGUGAGGGUCCCUCAUACUGGGAUGAAAGCAUCAUCUUAAACUCAACAAACGUCCCUGGGUCCUCAAAGACGAGCCCCAUCCUCAUAACCUGUAAAACAUUGCAUUCAAAUAGACAUUUUGUGUUUUUUAAGAAAUAACUUCUGAAUCCGUCUUCCUUGUACAUAUGUCAAGUGUGUAAAUAAUCAUUAACAAAUUUUACAUUAUAUUAUAUAUAAUGCAAAUGUUUUACAAAGUAAAAGAAGAGCCUGUUUUCA